CCUAUGCACUAUCGUCAUUAAUACCCAACCUAAGCUCCCUGUAUUCUUUCCUCUUCAUGGUCUUUUUUCUUUCUCUGAUCUUUCAAAUUAAAGAGAAAGAAAAAAAAAACAGAGGAAACGAUUUAGACCUUCAAUAUUUCUAAACAGGAAUUUGGUAUAUUUAAGUUGAAAAAUUAGUAUGUCUAAAUCUGGAGAUACAGAGAUAAAGUUGUUUGGGAAGACAAUUACAUCUCUCUUCGCUGUAAAUCAUUAUGAUCCGUCGUCUUUGUCCACUGUUCACGGUGAUUCCGACCAGAGCAAGGGGGCUUCUUCGUCUUCCUCUUCUUCUUCUCCCACGAUUGGACCAGACAGGGUUCCAGCUAAGAAAAUUGAGCAAGACACUAGCAGAUUCAAAGAUCCUUACUACAUAUUAUCCGAUCUUAACGAACACCCAAAAGCAGCAUCUGAGAUUUCAUCACCAAGAAGCUCCAAGACCAACGGCGAUCAACAGAGCGAGAUCACAACAAGUACAUCAGAAGAUAAACCAACAACUCUCAAGAAACCGGACAAGAUUCUUCCGUGCCCGAGAUGCGAAAGCGCAAACACCAAAUUCUGUUACUACAACAACUACAACGUGAACCAGCCACGCUACUUCUGCAGGAACUGUCAGAGGUACUGGACAGCUGGUGGAUCCAUGAGAAACGUUCCCGUGGGCUCAGGUCGACGCAAGAACAAAGGAUGGGCUUCUUCAAACCAUUACUUGCAGGUCACUUCUGAAGAUUAUGAGAACAGCAACAAUAACAACAAUAACUCUGGAACGAUCCUCAGUUUCGGUUCUUCAGAAUCUUCGGUUACCGAGAUUGGUAAGCAUCAGUCAGGAGAUACAAAGAUAACCGCUGAUUCACCUUCUCAAGAACAUAGAACCCACCAGGGGUUUCUUCCUCCGCAAGUAAUGUUUCCUAGUAAUUCUUCUCCUUGGCCUUACCAAUGGAGUCCAACGGGUCCUAAUGCUAAUUUCUACCCUAUCCCUUUCUAUUGGGGCUGCACGGUUCCUAUAUGGCCUACCUCAGAGACUUCACCAUGUUUAGGGAAACGAUCAAGGGACCAAACUGAAGAUGCUACUGAUCUAACAAGAGCAAGAUUGGUUUCAGAAGCUCUUAGAGUUAAUACCAAACCAAUUAACCAAGCUGCUACGAGCGUGGUGUGGUCUAAGUUGCCGACAAAACCCGAGAAAAAAACGGAAGGAUUCAGUUUGUUCAAUGGUUUUGAAACAAAGGGUAUCAACAGAAGAAGCUUGGUCCCUGAAACGUCUCUCAAUCUACAAGCAAACCCUGCAGCGAUGUCUAGAUCUAUGAACUUCAGGGAGAGCACACAACAAUAAUCAAAACACUGAUAUAGUCAUAUAGAAUAUAUACGUAUAUAUAAUAUAUUCAUGAACUGAGAGAUUUGAUAUUUUAGCUAAUUGUUACCUUGUGAAAGAAGGGAAAAGCUGUGUAGAUAUUUUGUUGUUGUUCGAACUAAGAGACUAGAUAUAUAAGUAGUGCUGUGUUGUACACAAAUAGAAAUAUUUUUUGAGAGUUGUAGAUAUUUCUCUCCAUUGUGCGAUGAAGUUGCAACAUAUAUAAACUCUUAGAUUAA